GGUUGGGGGCGCCUGCAGUCACUUUACGAAAUGCAUUUCGCCUUGAAACUGAAUUCCGUACUCUGCCUGGAGAUCCUUGCAUCGGUACCUAUACAUUGCCCAGCAGAACGGUUUUAUCUGGUCCUUUGUGCCGUUGGGACAUGCUUUAGUCGGGUGCAGGACGUCAUCAUACUGGGGCAGCCAGCAAAAAUAACAUGUACCAUUAGACAGGUUUCGCACGGCUUUGAAUUGGCAGUCUGCUACACUAUGUUCUGUGCUGAGGCACGCGAAACACAGAUUUCUUCCACCUGAACAACACUUGUGGCCGUUUGAUUUUUCCAGCGCUUGUUUAGCCAAAACCAAGUCAUUCAUGCAAUAUGUGCCAAAGAUAUCCAAAAGGUCCUUGAGAUCUUCCUUGUCAUUCUUGUGCGCGCGUGCCUGGGUGGAUACUGACAUGGCGUCAAUCUCUAUAUACUGACGGGAGGCUGUGUUGUCAAGGGAAUGUGCGAUUUCAUGGCGGACAGAUACGGCAG